AUGUCCAACAGCUCGAUUAAACUGGCAGAUGGUAAUAUCCUCACUAAAAAAAUAUUGAAUUUUGAUACAAUUCAAGCCAUCUUCAUCAAUCCCUCCUUCCACUCCCUCUACAGAAACUCCCUCCUAUCCUCCCCCAAACUUCCUAAAUCCUUAAGGGACAAAUUAGAUUCUAAUAAAAUUUUCACUUUACACUACCUUUAUACCUCUUUCUUAGUAAAUAUUGGCAGACUAAACACUACCCUCACCUUCCAACCUCAAAUCAGAUCUAAUUUACGCGUUUUUUAUCCUAUCCCCUCUCUAAGACUGUCUCACUUUCUCCUUGGUGACUCCCCAAGGAUUAAGAAUGUUUUGAACGGCACCCUCGAUCCUAAUUGUGUAUCCUUACAAGAUGUUCAACUCAGGCUCAUCAAUGGUAUCCAUCCCCCAACUCCCCUCACAAACUUUAUCUUUAUUCUCUUCAACUCGGCACAAACCAUCAACAGAGACAACCUCCACUCCGGCUUUACCCUCCACAACCUCCUCUGGCCAUCCAACAUCCCCUCUCACCUCGCCUCCAAUGCCUUUCUCUGGCUUGUAUACCACUACUUGCACAAGGUGUCUGAUGAUCAAUCCCAUCCCAAUCCUUUCGACGACGACUGGAGUAGGCAGCACCCAGGCAGAUGUCCUCGCUUGGUUCAACUCAGUGACGCUGAGUUGAUGCACGAGAACAUUGACCUCCCUGAAGACCUCGAGUGGGCAACCCAAAUGCAGCAGCAGAGAAUCCAUUUCCUCACUCAACUCAACCCUCAAUCAACAGACCAUGAACCUUCCAUUACACAUGAAAACUUUAACUCUCACUCUCUCCUCGCCAUCGCUACCAAAGACGCUCUCGAAACUCCCCUCCACAACUAUCAAGAUGACCUCGCUAACGAACCAACUCACGCUAUUUCACGCAAGUUGGCCAUCAUCAAUUCCAUCUGA